CAAUAAUAAUAAAAAUUAGAAAUGGAGGCAGAGAAGGUAAUCUGAAAGGAAUGGCGUCCAUUUCGUGGCUGUGUUGUGUUCGUAUGCAACCCACACUUUGUAACUUUACGGCCUCUGCUACUGAGAAAGGUCUAUCGCCUCCCAUAACCUUGAAGUUGGACCAUCAUAGAAAAACAUCAUGUUUACUUUCUUCCAUUGAAGAUCGAUGUGCGGUUAAUAGAAGACAACUAAUUCUUCACGCUGCUGUAGCUGUUAUUGCAGCUCCAGCAACUGCUCCAAAUGCAUUGGCUCUCAAUGAUGCUUCCGAGGAUGUUCGUAUCUACACUGACCAUGACAACAAGUUCAAGAUAGAGAUUCCCCAAGAGUGGCAAGUAGGAACAGGAGAGCCUAGUGGGUUUAAAUCAAUAACUGCUUUCUACCCAAAUGAGGCAUCCAAUUCCAGUGUGAGCGUUGUGAUUACAGGGCUGGGACCAGAUUUCACUAAGAUGGAAUCCUUUGGCAAAGUCGAUGAGUUUGCUCAGACUUUGGUUAGUGGACUGGACAGAAGCUGGCAAAGACCCCCGGGUGUGGCCGCUAAACUAGUAGAUUGUAAAACAUCUAAUGGGAUUUAUUACAUCCAGUACUGGCUGCAAAAUCCUGGUGACAGUCGCAAAUAUUUAUAUUCAGCAAUUGGGAUGGCAUCAAAUGGUUGGUAUAACAGACUGUAUACUGUGACAGGACAGUUUGUGGAAGAGGAAACAGACAAGUAUGCUUCAAAAAUUCAGAAGGCAGUUGCAUCAUUUAGGUUCAUAUGAAGAAAAUGGUCAUGAGAAGGGAGAAAUUUUCUCACACAUCAUCUUUUCUAUUUGAUUACGGAUUUGAGUCUGCCUAGAUCUUUUCUUUCCUGGGCACAAUCGAUAUUCUCUUGACAUUGUUUUCUUAAGCUAGAAAUGGCAGACUAGAUCUGACUGGUAAGAUAAAUACCGCGGGUCCAUCACUUUUCCUUUAGAAAUGUCGAAUCAAAGUAAUAUACUUAAUGGCCCUAAUUAGCAAUUUAAAAUAAUUGAUCAAAUAUUUUACGGUGAAUGAAAUUGCCUCCGAUCAAACCCUGCAUUAACUGAAGGAGUGUGGUGGUAGCAUUGUGCUAAUGCUUCGGCACACUUUUAUUAU